UAGAAUAACCUGAGCGAUACAAUCAACUAGUGUUGCUAAAUCGGAUUAAAGUCCAAAGCGUAACGUCGCUUUUAAGGUCAGCAGAACUGCGCAUCGCGACGUCAUUUGUCGUCAGAACGUACACCGCGAAUGAUGGAUUUCACCCACAUAAGGGUGCAUCAGAUACUUUCGUCGAUUUUGAGACCGCUUGUGUUGGAAUCAACAGUUGAAGAUAACAUCGAGCAAGAAGAGGAGGGAGAAGACGCGUAAUUUAAUGCUUUGGUUUACACAAGAAAAAUUGUGUCGAAGUUAUAACUUGGUGCGGCGUAUAUACCGGAGUUACCCUAAUCAAAAUCGAUCUCCACGAAAAAGAAGAAAAAGAGUUAUAAAUGGAGUACGUUAAUUACCUCGUAACAUCAUUCAAUGACUCAUUAUUCCACACAUCAAACGUGUUAGAUAAUUUCGAACACGCAAAAGGCGGAAAGUUGAAAUCAGAAUUUUAUCAUGACGAAAAUGAAAAUAAAGUACCUGUUGAUGCGAAAGGAAAUUACUAUUACGCUAACUGCGAUGCUUCGGUGUGGAUGAGGAGCUGCGAGAAAGAAGUGAUUGAGCCCCUACGAUCGAGCGAAGUCACCGGCACCAUCCCGAAAUGGCUGAAGGGCACCCUGCUGCGGAACGGUCCGGGCAAUCUGAAAGUGGGCAAAUACCGUUAUCAGCAUCUCUUCGACAGCUCGGCUUUGUUACACAAAUUCGGUAUCGCGGACGGUGAGGUUACCUACCAGAGGCGAUUCGUCCAGACCGAAGUGUACAAAAGGAACAUGGCAGCCCAGAGAAUAGUUUACAAUGAGUUCGGAACUAACGCGACGCCGGAUCCCUGUCAGACUAUAUUCCACAGAGUGGCUGCGGGGUUCAAUCCAAACGAAACGCUAUCGGACAAUUCCAUGAUUUCGAUAUAUCCAUUCGGUGACGAAUAUUACACGUUCACGGAAGCGCCAGUGAUGCACAGAAUCGAUCCAAAGAAUUUAGAAACGAUGGGCAGGGUAAACAUGUCGAAGUACGUUAACAUCGUAAAUCACACCUCGCAUCCUCACGUUAUGGCUGAUGGUACGAUUUACAACGUAGGAUUGAGCGUAACGCCGAUGGGACCUCGAUACAGCGUCGUAUGUUUUUAUCCCAAUUGCGUAACUGUUGAUAAUUCCGGAAAAGAAAAAGAACUCUCCAUGUUUGAUCAAGCGACGAUUGUGGCCAGUGUGCAGUGCAGGUGGUUGCUAAAUCCAUCAUACAUGCACACCUUUGGCAUCACGGAGAAUUUCUUUAUCAUAGUGGAACAGCCACUGUCGAUUUCGAUCGUCCAGAUGACAAAGAACCACUUCAAACAAGAACCUAUGAUGAAUUCCUUCAAGUGGUACGAAAACAAAGGCACUCUCAUCCACGUGAUCUCGAGGAAGACGAGUCAAGUAAAGACGUUCGUUGCGGAGACGUUUUUCUACCUCCACAUCAUCAAUCAGUUCGAAACUCGUGAUAAGAAGUACAUCGUUCUGGAUAUAUGCUGUUAUCGGAAUCCAAAGAUGUUGCAGUACAUGUACUUUGACGCGAUGAAAGACAUGCAUGGGAACGCCAAUUUCUCAAAGCUCUUCCGCGCCAGGCCGCUACGUUUCGUACUUCCUAUGAGAAAACUGAGCUCGGACACGCCAUCGGAGCACAAUCUUAUUACGACCGAAACGGUGCAUCAGAGCACGGAGUUCCGAGAUGUCAAUGGCGAGUCUGUCGAUCAUAAGUCGAACUAUGACGUCGUCAAUGGCAAUGAAGACGACGUUGAAUACGACAGUGAAGCUAAGUUUUGGCGAGACGAACACAGAAGCGUUUUGCAGAAAAAGCCGGCUGCUCACCGACUUCCUGAUGGCAAGAUCUUCGUGAAGCCAGAGCUUCUCUGUGAUGUCGGUUGCGAGACUCCGCGGAUAAACACGGAUUUUCAUCUCGGCAAGGAGUAUCGAUACUUCUAUGCGAUCUCCUGCGACAUGGACCUGAACAAUCCUGGAACGCUCAUCAAGGUCGACACCUUCCAAAAGACCAAGAAACUGUGGCAGCAAGAUGGUGUUUACCCAAGUGAACCAAUUUUCGUACCAGAUCCCAAUGGAAAGAACGAGGACGAUGGGGUGAUUGUGAGCUCAAUCGUGUGGGCGGAUAAAGAGACACGAGUCGGUUUGUUGAUCUUGGAUGCUGUGACAUUUACAGAAAUCGCAAGAGCUACCUUUGACACACCGGGACCGGUACCUAAAUGUCUACACGGUUGGUUCAGUUUGAACAAAUAACCGAUUGCAAAAGAAAAAUCAUUUGAAUUGUUUUGAGACUUUUUACUAUUAAUUUUUAGUAUUAAGUUUUGAAUAUUAAAUUUAUCAU